AUGGCCACCACGGUUGUACCGAUCUUUGGCCCAGCGGACGUGUCCUUGGCUUCUCAUCCCCCAUACGUUGACUCGGCCACUCAAAUUAAAGUUAGCAGCAUGAUAUUGCCAUCGCCCUUGGCGAUCGCUUCGUCAGCAUGGAGUGGUCCUCCAGCUCCUUUGUCGCCCUUCGGAGGUCCAGCCGCCACUUCAGUCACAUCAGCUUGGUCCGGUUCGAUCUCAACCAGGUGCACCAUGGGCUCUCAGCUCACCACAUUCGUUUCCUCGACCUUAUCCGCUCUCUCUACUUCGCUAUCUGCUCCGUCGACACUCGCCUCACCCGGUGAUGUGACCACGGUGGAGUCGGUCCUUCCUUCAUCGACCGGCUCCGAAUCCACCAAUAUAAAUAUGACGGUGGCUGCUAUUCCCGAACCAAAAGGUAUAUCCGAAGCGCAAAAGAUUGCCGCGAUUGUCGCUCCGAUCUUCGUGUUCUUUAUCGUUCUCGUCGCAUCUGGAUGGUGGUUCAUCAGGCGUCGCACAGAAAGAAAGCGUACAGACAGCUUAGCGAAGAGAGCUCUUUGGACGCACCCGGAGUGUAUCGAAGGGGCCAAAGCCAAGACGAUGUGUUGUGACCCGAAUAAAGUCAGUCUGAAUGGUACUCGUGAUAGCCCCGGAGGAACUAGAGAUGGAAUUGGAGAUGGCAUCACCGUCAACAAGACACGAGCAAGGAAUCAGCCAGGCGACCGGGCAGUCGGAAUUUCAAUUACCAAAGACAUGACGCCACCGAUCAUUCCUCAACGAGUGAGCAGCAGAUUCAGUCAACUGGUGUCUCUGCCGACAAAUCCUCCAGAUCCCGCACCAGCUGACCUUGACGAUCCGGCAUUUGAGAUUCCAUCAUCGGGACAAAUUUCCCCAGCGUCUACUGUUAUCAUCUCUCGUGCAAGACAAGCAGAUGUCCAACCCUUCGAACCGGUCUCUCCUACCUCGGCCAUCGUCGUCUCUGGUGCCAGCGCGACAGAUCCUGAACGCUCCGAAGCCGUCGUCGAGGCACUUGCAGCAUGGGCCAACCCCGAUCUGGACCGAGAGCGAGGUCAACGCGACAGCCCCACAGCAGCAAUCGAUACGUACUUCAGCUCCUCGUCCGAUGACAGUGUCGAUGGCGACAACAAUCGGAAUCUCAAGACCGGCACAAACAAGAGAGACGACAGUCCCGUAAGCGUGGUGAGCCGUCCACUCAGCCAAGUGGUCCGCCGCCGCGGUGGAUUGGAAAUAUUACGCAAAUGA